GUUCAACCACUCUGUCCUCACUCUUAAUUUCCCGUCUUUCCCUUGUGAAAUUUCUCCCGCAUCUUAAGAGAAUUAUAUAAGAGAUAAAACAUUAAAGGACCUGAGGUCAAGAAACCCACCACCUAAUUUUUAUUCUCUAGUUGCCAGUUUUUGUUUUUGUUUUCUAAAAUCUAAAACCCUCUUUGCUUUUGGCAUUUUAUCUCUUUCAUGGCUCCCUAUCUUCUUUUAUCUCUUCUUCUUUAGUUCCUUCUCUUCUCAUCAAUAAUAUUGGCCUUUUCUUUUCAUGGCUUCCCUCUUUCUCUUCAUUUCUCUUUAAACGUUUCCAUUUGAGUUUCUGUUUGCCUUAGUGUGGGUUAUUUUUUCUGUUACUGCAAAUCAAUAAGCUUGUGAUUUCAAGAUAGAAAAAUCAAGAAUAGUAUGGAGAGUAAAGCAUUGAGAAGUUGCCUGGAGAAGAAGAUAUUGCUUCUCUCUUAAACCUCUCCCAUUUCUCUGCACCAUCACAAACAUUCCCUAUAGAGGUACUUUUCUUUUAAUCCAAGCUUUGAUUCCAAUCUGCUUUCCUAGUUCCUAAAUCACAUGCAUUUUAUUAUCUUCUCUGAUAAUCUGCUGCAGCUUUUCUUGUAUUUUUGCAUCUGUUCUGCUGUAAAAUUGCAGUGGGUUCUUUUGGAUUUUCCUUCUCUUGUUAAAGGCGCUGUUGCAUCUUCCACCAUGGCUACUAAGAUCAAAGGGAUCUACAAGAGCUUCAAGUACAUCACCCAAAUCUUUGCAGUGGUGAAGGAGAGAGAGAUGGAAAUUGGGUACCCAACAGAUGUCAAGCACGUGGCACACAUAGGUUGGGAUGGUUCUUCUGGUAAUGCACCCAGUUGGAUGAAUGAAUUCAAGACAACUCCUGAUUUUGCAACAACAACGCUCAGUAAUGCAAGAGAUCCUAAUUCUAUUGCUUUCCCCUCAUGGUCCUCUCAAGAUUUUGAUCAAUCUAUUGGAAAUCAACCCAUACCCAAUUCGCUCAUUAACAUUUCAUCUUCAGAUCAUCUUUCAAGUAUUACCAAGAAACCUAAAAGGAAAAAGAAGACGAAAAGUUCCUCCCCCACAUCCUCAUCUACCACUUCAAGAUCCCCACCAGCCAUGAACUCCAAGGCUGCAUGACAUGAACUUGUCAUCACCAAAGUUAGAGAUCUAGAAGUAUGAAGAUUUGGUGCAAAUUAACACAGAAAACUACCACCUUGCAUGCCAAAAAUUGCAAAAGGUCACCGUUCAAGAUGAGAUCGGUGUCACAAGAGCACAAGGGAAGUUAGAUGUUACAAUGGAGAAAAAUGUGAAGAUGCAAAAGUUUUUGUCCUCCUACCCAUAUAUUACUGAGAAAUGUGUAAUGGGUAAAUUGAGCUAGUGAAAAUUUUUGCCAAUUCAAAUGAUUUGACGGAUGUAAACAAGUAAUUCAUUACCAUUCGAAUUCAA